AUGGAGCCUUCCACUGCUUCCAAUGUCAACGGACCGCGUCCUGCGUCCGAACUGGUUGUAACAGUGACCCCAGUCCGCGAGUUGGUAUUUGAUAUUCCAGAUGCGACCAACGCAUGUCAUGGCAUUCCCUUCUUUAGCAAAGGCAGUCCUCAUCGAGCUUACCAAAUAGAGAUAUCAGAAGAAGGCCAUACGCAUUAUGAAACUGCUGAUGAGAACGAUCUAGGCAUCAAUUACAGCAAGAGUGAUCACGAUGAUCAUUCGCCACUCUGUAUCAAGGCACAAAUACGAUUUUCCACCUUUCGCAGACAUUUCAUGUCUUAUCCUAUGCAACACUUGACUCGCAACUCGAGACCAUUAAUUCCACCCAAGGGAGCCGUAUGGGAAGACUAUACCCACUCCGUGGAAAAUGUAUUGGAACGGGCCCGAAGAAUGCAACUGUUCUUGUGGGACGUAUUGAAUUCCAAUGGACCCGAAAUACUUCGGUCCCAUCUAUUGCAGGAGACGCUCUCCUUGUCGCCCGGAGAUAGGCAAGGACUGCUGAGAAUUGCGGAACGGCGAGAAUCGGAAUAA